CCUCAUCUUUAUGCCCAAUUUUGUCGACAUCUUGGUGUGGCCUGGAUUUAUCCAAAUAAUCUGGUAUAUUGCUUAGCAUAGCCCCUACGAGAGAUUCGCCGCACUUACCCAACCAAUGGCGAAUUUAAACCAGCCGAAGCUAUCGGAUUUCACUGUAAGGCUUUCCUGGAGACAAGGCUACAAAGCUGCAAGGCUGAUACUCGACCUGGGAUAACCCAACUGCCCAACUAAACAUAUUGAUAUUGCGAAAUUGAUCAACCAUCGGUAUUACAGCCUUGCAGCUGGAGCUGCGAGGCUUUGACGCUCCCUGGUACUUAGAUGUGGGUUAACCGUCGUGUAUAUAUUGUCCUUAGUAUCUUCUGGCAAUCAAUAUGAGGGUAUUUCAAUUCACUGCUACUCACCCCUUCGCAGUCAAAAUGCAAGUUGUGAGCCAGCCUACUCGAGCACGGCUUCGACCACGAUACGAUGAUGGAGACCUUCACAGCAAUUCAGCAGACUAUCUCGCCGUGAACGGAGAUCUGACUCAGACUCAGCGUUGCCUCCAAUUCAUUGAUAUGUUGAGGAUGCAUGCACACCUUCCGAGGAACUCACGAGAGAACUACUUACUUCCGGUCGUCAAUACUAGGGGUAUUCAUGCGCCCCCACCUAUAGCAAGCAUCUCGGUGCCUAAUACCUCCCAAACGUCGGGGCGUAGGAUUCGGCGCGUUCGAAGGCAAGAUAGCUCGGACACUCUAUUCGAGCAACGUGCAACGGACCGCCCACCUGGUCCCCAUGAAAUCCGGAGAAAGGAAUUGGGAGAUUUCUUCAACCCGAUGUUUGAGAAAGAAUUCCCCGUGAUAUUUAUCUGUUGGGGCAGAAAAGAGCGCUGCCAGAUUGUUCCGGUGGUGAUCACUGACCCAACUGAUGAGGUUACCGCGUGGCAAGCAAUUUCCCAGGAGUUUUACGCACAGAGAGGCGUUUUGGCGAAAUAUUUGCCAUGGUUUUGUGUGAAUAAGGUGGAAAUUGUUGAUCUUUCUAUUACAGGGCAGAAGCUGGCCAAUGACCAUCGAUCGACAGGCAUUGAAUAUGUUGGUAUAUAUAACAGUGAAGAUUUGGUUGCCAAAAGGAAGCAUUUGGAGCAAGUCAUCGCGGAUUACAAGCCUCAGGAUUGGCCUUGUCUGUAUAAAGCUUCCACAGGGGCCGUGUUCUGUCAUGAUGGCUGUGUAACGAGCUAUGCGGAUUAUGCAGAAUGCCCUGAGAGGACUAAAUUCAGAGCGGAACGUGAGCUCUCGUUACUCAGUCUCCGGCCUAUACUUACCCAGUGCUUCUUUCAAGCUAAGAUUGCUGCACACAAUCACCUGCUUAGCAGGGAGAGAUUAAUAAAUGGUCACCAAGAUAUUCUGACAAAACUCAAUGUUUGGCAUUGUCCGGAGUUGGGUGAAGUUCAAUUUCGCAGCUUGAUGAUCGGCGACAAUAGGGAAGGCAAUUUGCAGCAUAUGGUGCUACUUGUGACAGUAAUACUAAUUUUGCUGAGCAUAGCCAUUGCAAGGUUAGUUUUCGAUGACUGGGCUAUAGCAUGGACCGUUGGUGCCUUCUUUGUAGGGUUGUUAAUAGGGUUGUUAAGCUUGUUGCAAAAGGGGAAGAGUUGAUAGCUACUAUGCAGUGGGAAAUAAUCAC